AGCAACCUGUUCUCUGUCCUCACACAAGCUCUUCUAUUCCUCCCCUCUGCUACUCCUGUACUGUGGGAGUCCCUCUUUGGCAAGCGAAAUGGACGAUGGGCCUGUCAUCUGACUUUCCAUCCUGCGCUGAAAACUGCACCUCAAAACAAAGCCCAGUGGAUUUCUGCAGCCUUUCAAGUCUUUUCGGUCCAGAUGCGCUUCCUCAUGUUGCGGCCCGAGACUGCCUUUUUGUGAAUAUCUACUCCGUACGCGCAAGAAGGAUUCGAAAGCGGUGCAGCCCGCGAUAACCGACACCCUAACCCGCGAAAGCUGCCAAGCAAAUAUGACUGCGCUUGACAAGCCUGCCGAGACACUUUGCGACGCCUCUCGUUAUCACGCCUGGAACAGGCACUGAAGUUUUGAGUGUCGCGGCAUUUUAUUUUCCAGGAUCUUAGACUGUAGAGAGGAACCCAACAAGGUCUUAAUGGCGACGACUGUGUAGCUUGGGUGAAGUACGGCAUCUUGAAAGAUGUUUCUCUUGGAUCUUAAUUAAGCUUCCGUCUCAGCUGUGGCUGGACAUCAUAGCCAGUCGACCUGCAUCGUCUGGUCGCAUAUUCGCGGGCUGUGUAUCUGCUUGAGAUGCGAAAGCCACCACCAAACAAGCUCACGAUUAUGCUUCCGGAAGUACGAUAGCCCUUGGUUUGUGAUUUGAUUUGCACGCAAUCAUACUGCCAAGAAUAAGCUAAAACGCAGCUCUCCCAGAAUGGCCGUUCGUCUAUGAUUCUCUAAACGCCCAAGAUCCCGGACGCUGUGCAUAGCCACAUGUUGGAUGGUGUUUGAUUUUGAGAGAGAUGCGUAUAAAUGGGUCGAGAAUAUUCACGUAGGCUUUUAUAUUUCCAUUCGGAAAGAAAAGAGUGUAUCUACGACUGAGUCCGGACACCCACUUCACUCCACCAGUGAAAAUGUCGUUUCUCAAAGACCUAAAGGGGCUCACAAAAGAGUUCAAAAACUUAAUGGGAGAGAAAGACAAACCCCAGGACCAUUCAAGUAUUGUUGGCGCUGGCGGUGAGCAAUUCAAUCAUGGACCACCCCAAGCUCCUUAUGGACAGCAGCCUCAACCCGGAUAUCAGCAGCAGUAUGGUCAAUCCACUUAUGGACAGCCGCAAUAUGGCCAACCUCAAUACGGCCAACCUCAGUACGGCCAACCUCAGUACGGCCAACCUCAGCAAUACGGUGCACUCCCUCCGUCUGGACUCCAUCUUCCGCCCGGCUGGAUCCAACAGUGGGAUCCGAACUCGCAGCGUAAUUUCUAUGUAGAUACUGCCACUGGUCGCACACAAUGGGAGCCCCCAGCGUUUUCUCCACCACCACUACAGGGCAGCUAUGCGCCGCCGCCAGGUGGAUACCCUCCAGCAAGCACCCCCGGCGAAGAUCACACCAAGAAUAUGUUUGGCGCUGCGGAUCAUGGAGAAGAGAAGAAGGAGAAGAAAGAGAAGAGUGGCAAAGGCAAGCUGCUCGCUGCAGGCGCUGUGGGUGCAGUCGGUGGAGCAAUCAUCGCUCACGAAAUGACUGAGCAUUCCUCGGACGAAGAGCAUGACUCUUCGCAUCACACCACGUAUGUAGCGCCCGUCGCAUAUGGUGGAGAGAGUUAUGUCUCCGGAUACCCACCGCCAGUCCAUGAUGAAAUUUCGAGCUCGGACGCGGAAUCACUAGCCGAAGCUCGCGAAGACGUAAAAGAAGCGCGGGAGGAACUCGCAGAAGCCAGCAGCGAGUCAGAUCGGGAAUCGGCUCGUGAAGAGCUUGAAGAAGCCGAAGAAGAAUAUGCCGAGGAAUAUGAGGAGGCAUACGACGAUUAGAUCUGAACAGAGAUGUGAUUCCGUUGCGUGCCUUGCGGUUUGUAGAAAGUGUGUGCGCAUGGACGAAUAUCCUUUCAUUGUUGAUUCAAGCUCCGUCUCCGCUCCGUAGCAGAAUGAAAGAAAUGUUGCUUUCCAAGAAGA